GAUACCAAGCCGAAUCACGUGUGUGCCGAGAGAUUUUUUAGAAUUUGACGGGCGAACGAGGCGAUAAUAACUUGGUGCGUGCAAAUUAGUGAUCUCGUUAGUGCGAAAUGUCACUGGACUAACGUGACUAAUUAGGCAGUGCAUGCGUGCGUCGGUGGACAAUGCAAGAUAUAGAAACCGCGUCCCAAAAAAGCUUGAGUAACGACAUGUCUCCUUAUUUAGGUUCAAAAUACCAAAGCCCCAUUACUUCGCGAUCUCCCAGCCCCGGCACGGCUUGCCCACCGUUAGCUGAAGAAGCUAAGUAUGCUUCAGACGAUGAAAUAAGCGUGGGCUGUCCUAGUCCGGCUUUCCAUAGCUCACCAACCAUGCGAAGACCAUCAGAACCGAGCCCGGUAUACCCUCAAACUCAAUCCAGCAAUUGCAGGUGUCCAGAUUCAGACUCCGAAGACUAUUUUAAACCACUAAAAAGACUAAAAAUGGACGAGACAGCCGACCGACGCAUUUCACCAACAAUAGAAGUCGAAGAACGCCAACCGGAUGGUGUCAAAAGCUUUUCGAUAAUGGACAUACUCAAUCACAAACCUGCAAAGCCUCAGUGCACGCGGAUAGUGCGUCCUUGGGCGAUAGAUCCGGCCGAAGUAGAGGCCCACCACCAAAGACUAGAAACGUUACAUAGACAUUUAAAAGUGCAACAGCAGCUGGCUCUAUUACAUAGCAACAGGGCGGAUUUCGUAGCUUUUAACGCGAGUUAUACCUCAGAAACUGGUAGUGAUCGUUCCUCGAGUGUUGCUAGUGACUGUUGUUCGCCGGACAUUGUUUCUACGAACAUUCAGCGACAGAGGCAUCACCAGCAGCAGCAGCAGCAACAACAGCAGAAACAAGGAGGGCCGAAUGCUACACCUUUGGAUGCUCUGUUUCAGAUGACUUCCAAAACUUUUGACUCGUCUACGGGAGAAUCGAGUGCAGACGGUCAAAAUCACCUAAACCUGUUCAACAACCGACAGCAACCGAAAAAGAAACGAAAAUCCCGCACCGCCUUCACCAACCAUCAGAUUUUCGAGCUGGAAAAACGAUUCCUGUACCAAAAGUACCUGAGUCCAGCGGACAGGGAUGAAAUCGCCCAAAGUUUAGGACUGACGAACGCCCAAGUAAUAACCUGGUUCCAGAACCGUAGGGCCAAGUUAAAAAGGGACAUGGAAGAACUGAAAAAGGACGUGGAAAGUGUGAAAAUCUUGACGGCCCAUAAGAGCUUUCUGGAAAACGUUCAGGACUUGGGAAUUUUGAAAAAGAAAGCGGUGGCGAGCGAAGACGAUUGUCCAAAAAAUUUGGUUAUUAGUGAUAAAUAGAUUAAUUAUUUAUUAAGUUCAUAUAUUCCUAGUACGUAAUAAAUUACUGUUUAUAUGCAGGGUGUCAUAAGCUCGUAGGAUAUAAAAAACACCUUUUUUAUUCUAAUUUUUUAAUACUAAAUUUAUUUACUAUGACAUUUUGCAUAUUUAAAACUGAAUUUAUUUUUUAGGAUCCAGAAAGUAUUGUAAACCAGUAAUCUUGUACGUACUAUACGACUUUUAGAACAAGUGACAUAAUUCUUGUAAUAAUUUUUUAGUGUCGACUUUUAUUUUGACAAUAAAUAGUUGUCAAAGUAAAGGAGCAAUAAAAAUUAGGUAAAUAUAUAAAAAGUUCCUUACAACAAUAUUAAUAUAUUCAAAAAGUGUGAACGUGUACAUAAAUAUGUAGCUGCUGUCUUUUAA